UGCCAGGCUAGUCCAUCUACAGCAGACAAGGGAGGGAAGGAGAAAGAGAGAAAAAUCUCUUUCGAUAGAGCCCAAGAUUGGAUGUAGCUUCUUGCUCUCCCCCCUCAACGAAUCUGACAUCAAAGCCACCCAGGAAAGAAGGCCAGAUUCGCUAAUUAAUAUUCUGAACUGGGACCCCCGUCUCUUUCUUUCCACCCACUUCUUUCAGUCUCUCUCUCUCCUCCCUUCAGAUGGCUGCAGCCCCCUACAGCUGAGUCAGUUCUUCCUCUCUUCCACAGCAUUGCAGCACUUCAGCGGAAAGCCAGCAAGGCGUUUUCACUCCUCCCUACUGCUGCAUCUCCCCUACAGCAUCUACUCUGCUCCCCACCUUGCCACCAUGGCCAGUACUGUGUCAGCCUACAAGGAGAAAAUGAAGGAGCUGUCUUUGCUCUCACUGAUCUGCUCCUGUUUCCACACUCAGCCGCACCCCAAUACCAUCUACCAGUAUGGAGACAUGGAGGUGAAACAGCUGGACAAAAGGGCAUCUGGCCAGAGCUUUGAAGUGAUCCUGAAGUCCCCUUCGGACUUGUCCCCUGAGAGUCCAGUCCUCUCUUCUCCCCCUAAGAAGAAGGACCUGUCCCUGGAGGAGCUGCAGAAGAGGCUGGAGGCUGCAGAGGAGAGGAGGAAGACCCAGGAGGCCCAAGUGCUGAAGCAGCUGGCGGAGAAGCGGGAGCACGAACGGGAGGUGCUGCACAAGGCCCUGGAGGAGAACAAUAACUUCAGCCGGCUGGCUGAGGAGAAGCUCAACUACAAGAUGGAGCUGAGCAAGGAAAUCCGCGAAGCUCACCUAGCUGCCUUGAGGGAGCGACUGCGUGAGAAGGAACUGCAUGCAGCUGAGGUUCGCAGGAACAAGGAACAGCGGGAGGAGAUCUCUGGAUAAAGGGCUUUUCUACACAUCUAGCACCUGGUUCCUGAUAACUAACAAACCAACCAACCAACCCAACACAUUUGAUUUUGUUUGUCUAGAUGCAACAUUUGGUUCCCCAUUUCCCCCCACCCUCUGGUGUUCGUUCCCCAGCUACACGCUUCUCUCUCUCUCCAUCCUUAACUGUUCAGUACUUGUGGGGGAUCACAGGCCAUAGGUUACCUCUAAGCAUAAUAGCAGCUAGUUCAUAUGAAGUAUAGAAUCAGUCAAUAACCAAUCAAUCAGCUUCUCUUUGGGAUUUUGUUCUUUUUAAAAAAUCUUUCUUAAACAGAUGUAAAGAAUUCAGAUACUAAUAAAUUCAACCAGCAGUGUCAUGGAGAUAUGGAUUUCCUAUCCGGAGCUUAUACUACGCUUGGCAUUUGCUCUGAGCUAGGUAUCAGUGUCAAGACAAUGGGCAGUAAAUAGUGAGGAUUUCUUCCUUGUGAGGGAGUGGUUAAUGGAUCCAUUGUUUCCCAGCAGAUGGAGAAGGGGACCAGAUGGCUCAAGGAAUUGGUUGUGUCAUGCAGAGCCUUUCACCUUGGGUCACUGGUUUGAAGCCAGCCCAGGUAGGUAGUGACUUAGUCAUUACUUUCUGAUGGUGCUUUGGUAGCCCAUGUGAAAUUAGCUGGGGGUCUCAGAGCCUAGUGGACAGGUGCCCAUAUCACAAAAAAUACCAUCAACACAGGCAUUAGUGGCUAUCUUAGCUGGCCACAGGUUGAAUAAGCCUGUAGGCUGAACUACCCUCUCAGUUGCAGAGGCAGGACUGGGGCACACUGGCCAAGCAGGGUCGGGGAAGCCUGCACUGUUACUGCCUGUGUUGAACCUGAUUCUGUGGAUAAUUGAGGCAGCUCGGUUUCCAGGCCUGUCAAUCUGAUACUUUUCACAAACAAUAACAUUUCACUUCAAUUAGUAAAUCAGUAAACUAGAACGUGUAUGUGAUUGCGAAUCAGCCCACAGGCCUUUAGAGAAACUCUAAUUUGGGAGAAUUAUUGUUCCGUCUUCCCGAAGAUGGACGUGACUUUCAAUACCAUUACAGGAGAGACAUUUGGACCAAAGAUCACAGAAUGAACCAGAGAGCUCUGGCUCUCCGGCCUCACAGCGUAGCAAAGGACACGCUGAUCUCUGCAAUGGUAUUUCCCAAAGAGCAGCUUUGGAAAAGAUGGUGGGGGGACACUGCCAAGGAGAGGGCAGAAGGGGUUAGGAGAUGUUUGUGUGCCUGCUUCUGGUGUAGUCAUGGCGGUAGAAAUGUAAGGUCAUUGUUUACAGAGAUGGCUGCUGUAAAAGCAGAUGAUGAGCCAAACUGUAAGGGGUCUGCCAUUCCAUCUCUGAGGUCAAUAGAGUUGCAGGCACUUAACGCCAGAUCUGAAUUUGACUUGAUACAUCAACUGGUGUUUUUAUGUCUGGCUAAAGUGCAAGACGGCAUCAACGUAAACUCAGUGAAGACGUGUGAUAGGGUGUUUGUGCAGGGUUCGGCUUGCCCAAGAGCAUUCCCUUGUGGGAGGGUUUUGUGGAGGAGAACAUGGCAGCUCCUUUUUCCUUUUGGAACAUAGAGCAGCAAAGAUUCCUUCCUUCCACCUUCCAACGUUUGCAGUGUACUGGUACAUUUCUUCCAGACCAGUGCAGUGUUUCCAGGGAAAGGGAGGAGAAGCAGGAAUAUAGGCACAGAUACAGGAAGAACCAUGGACUCAAAUUCAUCCUCACUGUGUCACAAACUUCCCCUCUCCCAAUGGCCAUAAUGGAUUCUGUUUCAGAACCCAGGAUGAACUAACAGGCCAUCAAGGGGAACAGGAGGUUACUUACUAGUAACUGGUGUCCUUUGCACACAUUGUCUUCAAAAAGCCACUCUAUAGGUGAGGCACACUACUCUGGUGCGCCUCUGCGGAGGCAAUGUCACCAAGGAGAACAACUCGUGCAAACAACUGUAUGCUCUGGGGCACAGUGGGUGAAAGACAUGUAUAUACUGCUUCCUUUUACUGUACAUAGCGUGGUUCCUGGCAGGCGCUGAGGGGUGCCACCAACCAGAGUUGGGAUAAGCAGGGCUGGAAUGUCAUCUAGCACAAAGGUGGGGUCAAGACGCCAAAGCAGAUAGAGGUUUCAUAUUUGGUAUAAAGUUCCCCUCGCACCCCCUACCCCCCAACAAAUAUUUGCUGACUCAGUUCUGAAGGUGCAGGUUUUCCAUCUCCAAAGAGCUGGCAGAGUGUAAGGAAUCCGCCAUGCCCCAAACCAGAUGGGUGGCAACUGGUCACAAAAACCCAGUAGUGUGGGGAAGAAGUGGCAGCUGCUGCUGGAAAUACGGCUGCUAGCCUCUCCCUAAUCUACCCGAGAAUAAAUUCUCCUUUUAACUAGAGAAGAUCCCUCUAUGGCCACAACAUGUUUAUGGAUAUUAGGGGAAAGCUCUGCUCCAAAAGGGAAGGGCUAGCUUAGCCCCAAACCCCUCGGCCAGGGUCAGAGAAAGGCCAGGACUGUUAUUUGGCCCCAGUAGCAUCCAGGGACAGGAAGCAUGUUAGGGGCAGGGUGGGGAAAAGGAAAGGAACUGAGGGUUGAAUUUCUUAACAGUAGCUAAUGAUCAGUUUAUAAGUAGCAGUUGUCUUAGAUAAGCAUCUGUGUACACUGCGGAAUCAUCGCCAGAAUCAUCUCAUCCAUAUAGUGACAAUAAAUUUUAAAAAGUUAAUGAAUAAAUAAAUAAAAUGUUUGUGUGUAAGAAAUGGUUGAAACUGUCAAAUGUCCGUGUCUCACACCGGUGGGAGCUGAGAAGGUGUCUGCAAGAUAUUAACCCUGUCCUACUCUCUGUAGUGCUGAGUGUUUGCUUGGUGUGUAAUUCUGACCUGAGGCUUGUUGUAAAUACUGUUUUUAGUACUAUGACGAUGAUGAUUAUUAUUAUUAUCAGAAAUGUUGUACUCAUGAGCACGAGAUUAAACCAAACGAGAAACAACCAUUUCCACUUUGAUUACCCACUGGGCUCAAAAGAAUUUGGAGGCAGGGCCAGGUGAGGGCAGGAUGCCUGGGGCCAUGGGAUCCAGGCCCAGAGAGAGCAGUCCAUUGGAGAGGCAAGUGGCUGCACGGUUCAUAGCUGUUUGCUGCCUGCAGAGGUGGCUGGGCUGCCGCAGGUGGAAGGUAAAUCAGGGACUCGGGAGUAGGAGGCAGACCAAGAGUCCUUCAGCCAGGGUGGGUGGGAACUGGGAGAAUCCAUUCCAGGAGUGGGGCAGAAGGAGGGUCAGGAGAAAAAUUCUAGUAAAGGCGGGGUGAUGUUUCAAACACAGCCCUAAAAUGUAAUGGAACCGGGCCCAAUUGAGUGUUAAUUCAACCCUGCCUCUGGGGAGGUAGUCCAGUCUAUUUCCUGUAACCAUGGAACAAGACUGAGGGAACGGAUGGUUGUAUGUAUGAUGCAGAAGAAAGUGGGUAGCUGCAGACUGUGCUUUGUUGGGGGCAUUCCUUCCCUUAUCCUGUACAGUCACUGGGUCUAAAUGUUUGCCUCUGCUUGUAUCUUCCGUCUCAGACUUUCAUGGUGAAGCUCCCAGUUUAAGAUCGCCUUCACACAGUUACAGGCCAAUUUUGAUCUCAGGUGAAGACUUAUUCUUGCAAUAGCUUGCCUGACAAACACUCAAAUUGGUGAUACACACAAAACCUGGCCAGAGAGGAGCCUGGGAUAUAGAGCUUGUGCAGACAGGAGAGCUGGGAACUUCAUUUUCUUCACCUUAACAUCUUCAGUGCUGUGAGGUACAGUGGACAUGUCAGGAAAAUGCAUUAGUGCAGGAUAAACUGAUGCAUCAGGCAGAGAAACAGGGAUGUGUCAGGUAGAGGUUUGCAUCAGUAAUGUCAGGGAAAGGUUUGUUACAUCUGAUGGAAUAUGUCAUGUUAGGGAAAAAUGCUUGUCUGGUGUGCCCAGGUGAAUCAGGUAUAACAUGGAGCUGUGUCUGCCCCAUGCAACUGAAUGUGUCAGGGAAAUGAGUUUGUCCAGUGCCACUGGCUGUAUCAGGGAAAUGUGUUUGAUUUCUGUGCCUCUGGAAUGGAAUUCCUGUUGCUUGGAGGGCCAUCCCACUAACACUGCAGAUGAAAUGUUUGCAUAGUCCAGACUGCAGCGGAGAGGUUAAUGACAGGUGCAAGACACAUGCCUGAACUAACACUGUGCCUGACAGCAUCAGACAUCGCUUUGAUCUUCAGUUCACAAAUCCGUAUCAGCUCACAAUUUCAUUCCUGUUGAGUUCCCAGAAUUGCUAACAAAUAGUUUGUGCCUGAAUAGGGGUUUCUUACCCCCCCAUUAACUCCCUUCUAUUUCCAUCACACUUCAUUUUUCUUGUGGCUCUUCAGCCAUUCCCUCACGUUGCCAUCUUCAGGUGUAUUCCAUGGCAUGCAAUUUACAAAUUCCUGGGGCACCGUUUCUUAUGACUGGGCUCAAGCUCCUUCCGUGGCCUUCUAGGGUAUAUCUACUUGGCUGGAGCCUAGGCUCUGGGACCUUCCCUCCCCACAGGGUCCCAGAACCCACAUUUCAGUUCAAGCCUGAAUGUCGACACUAGUUUUAUAGCCCCAGAGCCUGAGCCCAGAAGGCAAAGUCAGUUGACACAGGCCAACUGCAUGUGUUUUAUUGCCGUGCAGCCAUACCCGUAGACACUCAUUGAUGGGAAUUUCUAACUAGACUUGCUGUUAGUGGCCACUUGUCAGAGCGUAUCUACUUGCGUAACCGCUUAUCUACUUUGGGCCACAUUCUCUUUAGGUGUAACUUCAAUGAAGUCAAUAUUUACACCAGCAGAGCACUUAGCCUAGUGUGUAUUCCAGGUGUAACAGAAAGAACUGUGGUGGCAAAAGACCACCAGUGUGUAUACACAUUUCAAAUUCCUAGCUCCCUCCUUGUUCUCUUGGGCAAAUUAAGGACUCCUACCCUGUGCAGGAAAAGGAAGAUGAACCUGGUGUCACAAGCAUCUUGGUGAUUAGCAAUUCUGGGGUAAGAACUAGAACAGUCUGGCUCACGUUCCAAAUAUUAGACCUUCCAUUUGCUUUAUUAAGUGUUCGGAUUUGGCUUUAAAGGGAUUCUCUCAAUGCUGUAUGGCCCAUAAACUGACAAUGGAGUGCUACUCGUUCAUGGCUAUUUUGGAAGUUCUCACUCCAUGCUUUUGUUGUGUUGUCAAACAAACCUUGCUGCAGUCAGAGUGUGGGAGUUACCCCAAAUGCUAGCCUUUUAGUGCCACUCGCAAUUCAGACAAUUGCAUGCAUGUUACAAUAGGGAUCAGAGCUGUGACACAGCUCCUGUAAAAUGUACAUUUCAGGUUUUUUCUCUUGCAAGGACCAGUGAGACUCUCUACCCCUGGUUCUGUUUAACUUUGUCGUCUCACGUAAUUUGUUUCAUUCCAUUAAGCAGCAUUACUGUCUUUGCGCACUUGCGGUGGUGACGUGUGUGUAUUCACAUACGGUGUGCACGCACAGAUAUGCGCAUGUGUAUACACUCUAUAUGCAUAUGCCCACAUAUCACCCUAUCAAACUUGAAACAAGAGUCAGGGAAUGGCUGUUUAUGGUGCUAUAGAGACUUAUCGCGAACCAUGCGAGGGAUGGGAUGACAUGACAUAUUAGGACCAAUAAACUCCAUCUCUGUACAGGUGUCUAAGUAAUGUAGAUAAGGGGCACAGACCAACAUUUAGGUUUCUAUAAUCCAGAGCCUACUGGGGGAUGAGGGGAUAACCGACUUCAUUGGAAGCUGGAGGGAUGUGUUAUCUGAACACAGGAAUUGCAGCCCGGAAUGCCUGAAUUCUUAUCCUGGCUGCCUUGGGCAAGUCAUUUGGGGUAAGUCUACACUGCAAAAAAAAAAAAAAGGCCUGCACUAGCAGGCUCAGAGCUCGGAUCAACUGACUUGGGCCAGCGCUACACGGCUAAAAAUAAAGUAGACAUUCCUGCUCAGUCUGAAAACCCAGCCCCCUUGCUGGGUUUCCGAGCCUGAGCCCGUCCAAGCAGGCAUGUCUGCAGUGCUACUUUUCGCCCCAUAAGCCCACAUCAAUUGACCCCGGGCGCCGAGGCUUGCUGCCGCAGAUUUUCUUGCAGGGUAGAGAUGCUCUCCACCUCUCUGUGUCUCUCAGUUCCCUCAUCUGUAACAUGGGGAUAAUAAUACUUCCCUACCUCACAGGGGUGUUGAGAGGAUUAACAAGUUAAUGUCUGCACAGCACUUUGAAGAC